AUCUUAUCUACAGUUGGCAUGUAAACAAGCACAAACAGGUGGGCCGUCUGCUUUACCGAGCAAGGAACUUCACUGUUAUUGCUACAUACCACUGCCUAGAAUUUGCUUAUUCUAGGCUCAUAAGCUACUUGUCCGGCACUCAUAACCCAUAUACUCAUAACUCGGUUUGAAUCUAACACUAUGGCCACCAUUCAUCCAUCUCGCAUGGGCCUUGUGCCGCAAAACCCCAAAGACACGUACUCAUCUUCAGCUUAUCCUCGCGGUCGUUCUCCAUCUCCUCGCCAGCCGAGAAAGCGUACAACUUCUCGGUCACGCAGCAGAGAGAGACGGUAUGCUGGUGAGGGCAGAGUAGAACAGAGCGGCAAUCGAGACAGUGGGUAUGGAGACCGGAGCAGGAGGCAGGAGAGGGCAAGAGCCGAUGACUACUUUGAUGAGAGUCGUGGAAGGAAACGCAGUCGAAGUCGCAGUCUAGACAAGGAGCGAGACAAGGAGAGAGUGGAAAGGCGAGAUGACAGACGUGGUCGUCGUCCAAGCCCCGAAUACACUGAGUACAAACGACCUUCCUCGAAGGAGAGGGAAGGUUCUGCUCCUGCAUCAUGGCGACAACAAGACAGCAUGUAUUCUGGCAGAAGGGAUAGACCUCAAGCUUAUCCUCAGGGUGGCUCCGACUUUUUGGACAGUCGACGCCAACAACGUGAGAAGAGCACAUUCAGUAUAUGGCCGCCUUCACCCAAAGCUCCUACUCGAUCCUCCCCAAGUCCCGACUCAAAACGUCGCAAGAAAUCUCGCAAGCACAAACGCGAUGUAUCUUCAGAGACAUCGACCGAUUCAGAAGAAGAGCGGCGCCAUCGAGAACGAAAGGAGCGAAAGCGUGCUCGCAAAGAGAAAGAAAGGGAACGUGAGAAGGAUAGGGAAAGACGGAGACACAAGUCAAGAUCAAGGUCUGUGCGAGCUCAUGGCGAGUCCGAAGACGAGAGGCGGGAGAGACGACACAGAAGAAGCCGAACGAGAGAGGAGAGUGAGGAGAGGUCGAGGAGCAGACAUAGGAUUUCUCCUCGAAGCAAGACGCGAACGAAGAGCCCAGAGCAGAAACCUCCUUCUAGCGAGGAAGUCGACGAGGACGAAUGGGUCGAGAAGCCAGCUACGUCUAAUAUCUUCGCUGCAGCAUCUAGUCAUGCGAACGGCAUCUCCUCCAUGGGUCCCCCUCCCGUUCCCGCCUUAGCUUCGUCAUUGAAGAUGCCUGAUGACGAGGAGUCCGAUGAAGAAGUGGGACCGAAACCUCUCAAGGAAGUCACCACAUCGAAGAAGAUUGAUGAACGACAAUACGGAGGUGCGCUGCUCCGUGGUGAAGGUAGUGCCAUGGCGGCCUUCCUUGUGGAUGGCACGGACGUCCGUAUUCCCCGUCGUGGUGAAAUUGGUCUUUCGUCCGAUGAAAUCGCUUCCUAUGAACAAGUCGGAUAUGUAAUGAGCGGAAGCAGACAUAGGCGGAUGAAUGCGGUUCGUAUGAGGAAGGAGAACCAGGUUAUCAGCGCGGAGGAGAAGAGAGGUAUCUUGAAGCUACAGCAGGAGGAGAGGGAGAGGAGGGAGGCGAUCUUACGGGAGGAGUUCCAGCAGCUGGUUGAGGAGCGGCUCAAGGGGUCUGGAAGUAGCAAACCCUCGUCGUAGGAGCAGUGUAUCUGGUACCGAACAUCGUCAUUGACCUGUACUUUUAUAUCUUACUAUGGCAUUGCAUCUGAUUUGCUCCAGAAUGUAUCCCUUCAUUCUUUUACAAGCUUAAUCUUGACACCUCGAAGAACGGUGGAGACAAAGAUAGAU